UUGGAUUUUUCUUGUAUAAUAUUUCUUUAAAAAAUCUAGUCAAAAGGAUACUUUGUUUUAUUAUUUCAUUUCAGUAUAUAAUGUAUAAAAUGAAUCUAUAUUUCACAUUAUAUCUGCCAACUUUAUCUUUAGUACUCUUUCUCCCUCUCUGUACUUCUACCAACUUUGACUUACUCUUUCCCUCUCUGCUCAUUGGCUAAUUCUUUCCCGCCUUUUUAGGAGUAGCAGUAAUGCCAAUUCAUGUACCCCCUUUAGGGAUGCUUUUGUACUUUGAUGUGCACCAUUGCACUUUUAUUGUUAGAUAGGGAGAGAGUCCAGUGACUCAUGACACACUGGCAGUAGCAAGGGCAUUCCCACUGUUUGUUGUUGAGGAGGAGACUUGUCCCUACAGAAGAAAGUUUAACUUUGAAGUAUAGAAGACUUCUGCAAGGACUUCCUUUCAUGUACUUAAGAUGUCGAAGCAAAAUGCGGAAUUAGUGUCUGACCGGUGAGUUCAUGGUCUAGGGAGAGUUGUUCAACUUAUAUCAUAUGUAUUUUAUUGUGACUUUCUGAAUACGAACAUAUUGUUGAUACGAUUUUAUAUCUAAUGAAGGAAAGAGAUAUACUUCUUGAUUUACUUUGUCUUUAAUAGUCACUGAAGAAAAUGUAGUUUAUUGUCUUGAUUGAUAAUGUAAAUCUGUAUUUGUUAUGUUUAGAACUGUACUACUUUUCAUACCGCUAUUAUGUAAUGUGUGGUAAUUAUAUUAAUCAUGUGUUUGUUUAUAUUUUGUUAUCAUACAGAGGCUGUUUUCCCUUGGUAAAUAAAAGAACCCAAUGAAACCUCAGCCCUUGUGAGUCGUGUCCGUGUUGUGUGGUCGUCGGCGCGAACCCUUUCAAUGGUGUCAGAAGUGGGAUCAUCAGCAACAAGGGACCAUCUGGUACGGGCUCUGCAGAUAUCGGACUUAGAAGAAAUCUUGAGAACUUACGUGUAUGUGGUCUUAUCCUGGUGUCAUCGUGCACAACAUAAAAUUGGAAUGACUUUAGACUGGUUCUAAACAGCCUCGGUCAGACUGUAUGUAAAAUAAUGGACAACAUUUGUAUGCUCUUUUUUCUCUGAUUUGUGCAGUGAUUGUAUUGUGGUUUCGCUAUUCUGUAUGCAAAGUUCUUUUUAUGUGCCAAAUUCAAAUCUAGGAUCAUGGAAACCAGAUCGAGUUCAUCAUCAGCUACGACUGAGAAUAUGGAUGUUUUGUCCCAAUUCUUCCGCCGUUCAAUUGGAUUACAGAGUAUAUUACAGAGCAACUUACCAAAAUUCCGAGGGAUGCCACAUCAUGCGGAUGAUAUGUCCUUGUCAGAAUGGCUUGAAGAAUUUAAUGGAGUAACUGCUAACCAAAAUAUGGAAAUGAGUAGCAAAGCUCGACUGUUGCUAGAUCACCUUUCAGGACCAGCACGAGAGGAAAUAAUGUGUCUCAGUGAAUCAAAGAGACAGGAUUUUGAUGAAAUAGUAAGUCGUCUGAAAUUGUGCUUUGGCUAUCAGGAAACCACACAGACCCUCAGUAGUCAGUUUCAUAAUCGCAUACAGAGAGAUGGAGAAUCACUUUGUGACUUCAGCCGUGCCCUGAUUCGCACCUACAACAAGAUGGAAAAAGCUGCCACUACACAAGCUCAAGGAGAAGCUUUAAGCCAGUUGAAAAACAAGACCUUAAGUGAUCAAUUUGUCAAUGGUGCCCGGGAGGCUUGGGUGAGGAGAGAGUUGAGGCGAAUACAGAUGAUGCAUGAAACCAAUGGAUUCGCCAAGAUUCGUGAGGAAGCCCUCAAACUCUUUCAGGAGACUGCCACCACUCAGAGGCCCAGAGUCAGAGAAGCAGAUAUCGAAGUUGGAAGGGCAGUCAUGAAAGAUUCCAUGCUUGUGCAACAGGUAGUAGAACAACAGAAAGCUAUAAUGACGGAGUUGGAGCAACUUAGGGGAGAAGUAGCCAGACUGAAAGGAGGAAAGCCUCAGAGAAAGAGGACUGAUGGACGAUGCUUCAGCUGUGGUCAUAAGGGACAUCUACGACGUGACUGCCCCAACAUACCUAACGGUUCCCCUGCACAUGAUUAUAAUUACUCUGCUGGCAACUGGCAUCAGGAGAAUCAAAGCUUCCCCACUUGGAGCAUGGAAUCAGGUACCAUGCAGAAUCAUGACAGUUUCAAUAGGCCAACAGUCUACCAGUCCUCAUCACAAGGAGCUGCCAGUAUUCCUCACCAACAUAUCGCAUCCCAGCAGGAAAACUAGACCC